AUGCCUACCGUCGUCGAACCACAACCGCACCUUGUCGGCGUGAACGCAGACAGCGUGGCGACCUCGGCAGCCGACCUGCUCAAAUGCGUCUCAUACUCUGAGUUUUCCCACAAUGACGUCCUGCGCACCUCUUUCGAGUCCCCGAGCACAAGCCCAGGUAUCGUCCCGCGAGAGAACGGUUUUUCGAACACGAUCAUCCGCGCCUUUCAGCAAGACUUACAUCUGACCCUGCGGCCGGAUGACGUGUGGCUUGCCAUCCUCGUGCAGCUCGGCUUCUUCGUCAACGGCAAAGGGCGCGCCGAGGGGCUUCGAGAUAGGUUUGUGGAGCACCAAGGCCGCAGGCAUCUCGUGGUGGACGCCCGGCCCGCAGGCUUAGCCACGGUCGACAUCGGCGUCGUCGUGGACCAGCUGGUCCAGCUCGUCAAGGGCAGCCUCCGAGACCCCGAGAUCGCGACGAGGCUGCUUCUCGAAUUCAGCACGACGAUGGAGGACGACCGGGCCACCGCCGCCAUCGCCUUUUUGGGAACCAUGCAGAACUAUUUCAGCUUUGAGUUCCAGGUCGGCUGCGGCUUCCCCUCAGUCACGCUGCUGGGCGUCCGGGAGGAUUGGGUCAAGAUGCUAGACGGUCUGGGGCUCUUGUCGUCGCUCAGUGAUGAGACCGUCGAAUGGGCCGCCUGCUUGUCCAAGGUGCUCGAGUACAUGGUGGCCAGCUUCGACCGGCCGCAAGACCAAGACGUGAAGGACUUCUGGAUGCGCGCGGUCCACGAGUCCGGGAGGAACGGCUCUGGUGAGCUGGUCACGUUGUCCGGGUGGCUGACUGCCUUCUCGUGGUGGGAUCCUUGCGGAGACCGCCAGAGGACUUUCAGCAACAAAAGCGUGUGGAAGCGGCAGCUGACGCUGGACGGAGUCGAGUUCCCCGUCAUCAGUGCUGACCAUAUUCCGGCGUCCAUAACAAGAUGUCCGGUCGUGGUGUUUGACGACACCAGAGGGCCGGAGGAAGGCGGCGGGAAGAUCAACGCCGAGUUUUUGGCUGGCAUCCCGGGCUUCCAAGUCCAAGAUGCCUCUGCGACGGCGGUGCGACCCAUUUCGGGUUGGUGGUUGUUGGCGCGCCGUUGCGAAGUCCCUGGUCAACAAAUCACUCAAGCAUAG